CCGAGACACACACGCACUCAGAUCACAAUGCCUUUUGUUCCCGUGGAAACCCCCAAGUGCCCCGCGUGCGGAAAGUCGGUGUAUGCCGCCGAGGAGCGCGUUGCCGGCGGCUACAAAUUCCACAAGACCUGCUUCAAGUGCAGCAUGUGCAACAAGGCCCUGGACUCGACCAACUGCACGGAGCACGAGAAGGAGCUCUUCUGCAAAAACUGCCAUGGUCGCAAAUACGGUCCCAAAGGAUACGGUUUCGGUGGUGGUGCCGGCUGCCUGUCCACGGACACUGGCGCCCACUUAAACAGAGAAUUUGUUCAGCCCAAGAUUCCCCCCAAAGCACCUGAUGGGCUGGGCUGUCCGCGGUGCGGCAUAUAUGUAUAUGCUGCCGAGCAGAUGUUGGCCAGAGGAAAGGGAUACCAUAGGAGGUGCUUCAAGUGCGUUCAGUGCAACAAGACUCUCGACUCAACUCUUCACUGUGAUGGCCCCGAUAAGGAUAUUUACUGUAGAGGUUGCUAUGCACAAAAGUUUGGGGCUAGGGGCUAUGGACACAUUGGCAUUUCGUCAUUGGGGCUAAUGUCCGACAUCAAGGACUGCGAAUGGCAAAGCGACAUGGCUCCCAAAGCCUCUGCCAUAAAUGUGGAGCAAAUUCAGGCGCCUCUCGGAGAAGGAUGUCCCCGAUGCGGAGGCGUGGUGUUCGCCGCGGAACAGGUCCUCUCGAAGGGAAGACCCUGGCACAGGAAGUGCUUCAAGUGCCGGGACUGCACCAAGACCCUGGACUCCAUCAUUGCCUGCGAUGGUCCGGACAACGAGGUCUACUGCAAGACUUGCUACGGAAAGAAGUGGGGUCCACACGGCUACGGAUUCGCCUGUGGCUCCAGCUUCUUACAAACCGAUGGCAUUACCGACGAGGACUUGGGGUCCAUGCGCCCCUUUGUGGCUCCGGACACUACUUCGAUCAUGGCUCCGGACGGCUGCGGGUGUCCCCGCUGCGGAGGAGCUGUGUUUGCCGCCGAGCUGCAACUGUCCAAGGGUAAGAUGUGGCAUAGAAAGUGCUUCAACUGCGCAAGGUGCCAUCGUCCGUUGGACUCCGUGCUCGCCUGCGAUGGUCCUGAUGACAAUAUCUACUGCAAGCUCUGCUACGCCAAGAUGUACGGUCCGAAGGGAUUCGGAUACGGCCACACUCCUACUCUUGUGUCCACCAACUAUGAGUACACGCCCAGCUGCUGGGGAACCAUUGACCGCAACGGGCAAAAGUCAGAGAAUGGGUGUCCCAGGUGCGGAUUCAUGGUAUUCGCAGCAGAGCAAAUGAAGAGCAAAAACAACGUGUGGCACAAGCUGUGCUUCUACUGCUCGGAGUGCCGCAAGUAUCUGGACUCGACCAACCUGAAUGAUGGGCCCGACGGGGAAAUAUAUUGCCGAUCGUGCUAUGGCAAGUUCUACGGACCGAAGGGCGUGGGCUAUGGUAUCGGAGCUGGCACACUGACAAUGGCUUGAAACAACGACCAAAAAAGCGCGUUCGAGGACUGCCCCCGGUAUCCAAUGAGCUCCAAAAAUUCAUAUCGGGGCUUUCAGCCCUCGAACGCCCAUAUUUUUGAGGCUGACGAUUAGUGUAGUAUUGUAAUUCCACAUAUAAAAUUUAUAUCUAGCUCCAAAAGACAACGACAUUUAAUUAGAAAGUAUAAGCGGCGUCUAAGUUAGUGGUGAUUAGUUUAAAAAUUGUAUGAGACUCGAAACUAAGUACCGAAAGGCAUUCUAAGCUCCGGCUGAACUUCGAUGUGUAACUUGUGAAAACGAAAAUUCCCAAUUUUGUGUUCAUGUAUGGCGGUCGCAAUGACAAUCCAAUAUCCUAUAUGAUACGAACGACUAAUAAACGACAAAUGGCAAAGUU